AUGAUUUUUUACCGACUAGGAUUACGGAAGCUCAUCGAAUACUUCAAACUAGACCAACUCUUCAAAGAUGACGAACUCCGCCAAAUGCUUCUACACAAGAAGCCCAAAGAAGUAUACAGGACGAAACUAAAAGCAAACCGUACAAUGGACUUGUGUAUUUCAACCCUACUAUCAUUAAUCAGUUCUCUAGUCUGUCUGUCUAUACCUUAUGCAGCCUUAGACACACCCUGUGAAGUUUUGAAGCAAAAUAAUCUGACUACAAUUUACAACGUUGCUUCGUACUUUGAAAACUAUGUGGAUUUGAUAGAUAGAGUGAUAAUAGCUUUGUCUAUUAUUCUCGUUUUUAUUACUGUGAAAACUAUUGUUGAUGCUAUUAAUAAUACUGAUAUUAAUAUGAGUCCGUGGUUGGAGCGCGGGAAGUAUGUUCUGCCUAAAAAGACACGGAACGUGCAAAAUCGAUCGUCAAUUGAUUCUUGAAGUUCGUGAUUUGCAUAAAUGUAUUGUAUUUGUGAUAAAAUGUGUAAAUAAAUGUAAUAUUCAUAAACUUAUUGGACCAGGGUAGAUACUGAUAACAUCGCCUUGGUAAAUAGGUUUUAAUAAAUCUGUGAUUCUGUCUACAAAAUAAAAUAUAGUAUUCCCAAUAAGAUGUUUCAUUUUAUCUACUUUGAAAAUGUUAAUUUCCCUAAAAUCUUAGCUAAGCAGAUCGCCA